AUGAAGCGAGUGGCAAACGUCUCAACCCAGGAGGAGCCGUUUAACGUGCUUGAUGAGUUCACUCAGAACCGUUCUGGACCGAAAAAGAAGCGUAAGAUGCUCUUGUUUUCAGAUCUGAAUUCCUCUAAGGUUGGAUCGGUUUCUGCAGGGACCAUCACUAAGGUCACCAUGAUCAACUUUAUGGCGUACGAUAAUUUUGAAGUACUGCUGGGCCCGCAGAUCAGUUUUAUCACAGGAAAUAAUGGCCAAGGGAAGAGCACCAUCUUAUCUGCCCUUACUGUUGGGUUAGGAGCUAGAGCAGGUGAAACUGAUAGAGGGUCCAAUUUCAAAAGUUUCAUUAAGGACGACAGGAACAAAGCCACAAUAAUAAUAGAAAUAUGCAACGAGGGAGCGUCAGCGUACAAACCUGAGGUUUUUGGAGACUUGAUCAUUGUUGAAAGGGUCAUCAUUAGAGAUGGCGCACAGAAAUAUAUUGUUAAGAAUGCGAAGGGCAAAGACGUUUCGUCGAAGAAAAAAGACCUAGUGGCAAUGCUGAAGUAUUUUGGAAUUCAUAUAACGAAUCCAAUGGCUAUUAUAAACCAAUCAGCAGCCAAGGAGUUCCUCAGAAGUACGUCUCCAAGCCAGUUGUUUAAAUACUUUAUGCAAUCCACCCAAUUACACGAUUCAAUGGCGGAACAUAUGGAGUCUGAGUUGGAAAUAAAAAAGCUGUCUCAGCAGUUAGUCCAGUUGAAAGAAGAUCUAGAAGAGCUCAAGCUAAAGGAACAGGAUGCUCAAAGUUUAUACUCUAAGUACCAAGACUCGGAGAAAAUUCAACAGAAUUUGCAGCUACUGAUUAUAAAGAGGGCAUGGUGUAUCGUUCAAACUAGGGAAAAUGCCAUCAAAUCACACACAGAAAGAAUCGAACGUAAUACAGCUGCGAAAGACCAAGCAGCACAAAAGAUUGAAGAGAAUAACGAUAAAACCCUCAAACUGGACGAGAUGAAAGAUACCUUCAAUAAGAAAGCACUUGAAAUAAAGAAGGAUCUGGAUAAACUGGACGUCAGCAUUCAGAAGCACAAAUCGGCAUUGCCGGAAUACUCGAAGAAAGUUUCUGAACUGAAAGCGGAUAUAAAAUCCACAAAUCAAGAGAAACGUCAGUAUGAGGAGAAGUGUGUUUCAAUUAAGGAAAGUAUAGACGAGGAAACACAACAACAAGCACUUCGUAAUGGAAGAUCAUUUGAAGACUGGAGUAGAAGGAAAACUGAUAAAGAGCAGCAAGUGGCUGCUUUGGGUAAGCAGCUAACUACUACUGAACAGGAGUAUAAGAAUUUGAAAGAUUCAAAAGAAUCUUCUUUUUACGAUUAUCAAGACAAGUCUAGUUCGUUAAGGUCCGAACUAAGACAACUGGAGCAAAUGAGAAUAAGUAUGAGCCAAUCUUCCGCUAAUGUUCACGAUCUCUACCACGGAAAUUUGAAAGCCCUGUUGGCAAGUAUCGAAAAGGAUACAAGAUUCCACAAUAAACCUAUUGGACCUCUGGGGUUUUACAUCACUUUGAAACCCGAGUACAAACAAUGGGCUGUAUUGCUGGAAACAAUGUUGGAUCAGAGUUUGAACUCUUUUAUCGUUCAAGAUUAUCACGAUCAGCAGUUAUUAUCCAGUAUGCUCCGUAAGUAUCGUAUCACCAAUAUGAACGUUUUAAAAAGGAAACAUGAAAAAUUUGAGUAUGGACAUCACAAGCCAAUAGGAAAUUUUGAAACCGUUCAAAAUUUUUUGGAGAUUAGUUCUGAAGCUGUGGAGUAUAUCCUUGUGGAUAUGAACAGAAUUCAUCAGACUCUGUUGAUAGAAUCACCCCAGGAUGCUCUGGAUGCUAUAAGUUCUAGACCAGCCCAUGUUACUAGGAUCUGGUCAUUGUAUAAUAGAAAAUCGGGCUCUGCAUGCGAGCUUAGAAAUGGGACUUUGGCUACGGAUCCAAUAAGAUACAAGUUCAACUCGGGUAGAAUUUCAAACGGUGGACCUGAUACUCAAGACGGGCUCAAGCAGGUAGCAAGCGAUAUAGCUAAUGUGGAAGCAAGAAUCCACAGAUUAAACUCUGAGUAUAAAGAGCAAAACGCUACCAUCCAACGUCAGCUGAAAGAACUGGAAACAAACUCGUCAAAGCUGAAAUUGAAAAUACAGUCAUUGAAUGCUGAAAUUGAGGAUAUUACUGACAACUUGAACGAUGAUUCUUCUACGGGAAAAGUGGAGGCAUUGCAGCAAGAAUUAAAACACUAUGAAACUCAGGUAAACAUCAAGCUGGCUGAAUUGGCCGAUUUUCAAAGCAGUCUAGAAGAAGCCGAAAGAAACUUAAAAGAAAAGAAAUCGAUUUACAACGAUGCCUUACAGCAGAAAAAUGAAAAGACCAAGCAGCUAAGCGAUGUGGAGAACCAUUUAGUAGAGAUGGAAACGCAACAAGAUCUGUGUCGAAAGAAUAACGUUCAGCAAAAGGAGUAUAUUGCCAAACGUGAGAGAAAGAUCGAGGACAUACGAACUAAGAUUGAAGAGUACGAAAUUAAACUAAGAUCGGAGAUGGAAACUGCUGUUUCCUUUAACGUACCCAGGGAAGAAGUUACACUAGAAGCUGAUGAGACCGUAGAAACAAUUGAAAGUGAGCUUGAAGCAAAUGAAGAAGAACUGGUACGAAUCCAGAAUAUUCAUGGAAAGACAUAUGAAGAAGUUCUAAGUAACCUGAAAGAGGCACAAGAAGAAUACUCAAACGCUUUGAGCAAUAUAGAAAAGAUUGUAAACCUCAGGGACUCACUUGUGUCUGGUUUAGCCGAGCGGGUUGAGCAUUUAUCUCAGAUCAAAGAGACCAUAGCACAGGAUGUGAACGUGUCUUUCAAGCAAGCUAUGCGUAUCAAAUCCCACUACGGAAAAGUCAAGAUUGAUUUCAAUAAACAAGAGUUGCACUUGAGUUUUUCAAAGACACUCGACGGGGAACCUAAAUCUGUCAGUACAGCUUCAGGAGGGGAAAAGGGAUUUGCCCAGAUUGCAUUUCUGUUGGCAAUUUGGAAGCACAUGGACUGUAAGAUUCGUGCCAUGGAUGAAUUUGAAGUGUUUAUGGACGAUGUUUCCAAGAACUUGACCAUUAAAAUGAUUCUUGACCGCAUAUCAAACGAAUAUCACAGACAAACAGUAUUUAUAUCGCCUCUGAAGGUAGAUGACGUGCCAGAACUGGAGGAUGCCAGCGUCCGUAUUCUUAGAGUUGGAAAGUAA